AUGUCCAAGCCAGCAAAGGGACAUCCAAGCACCGAAGCUCCCACGCUUCCUCCUCUUUCCGUGGGGACCAAAAACCCUCCUGUGCCGUCUACAGGCUCUCAUACUCAUGGGGAUCUUCCCAAGCUUAUGGCCCCAGUGCCCAGUGGCCCUCCUAAGGAUCCUUCGCCGCCCAAGCCUCACAGGUUCCUUUCGCCUACAGAAUGGGGCGUCGUUGCUCACGGAAUAGGCGGCAUUCGGGAUCGGGAGCAGCAUACACCCAUUCAUCCAACCAGUUGGGUUUGGCCACCCAGGGGCAUGCCUCGGGGUUUAUACAAGGAUACUCUCUUCAUUGGGGCGACGCUGACGGCUCUUGGCUCCAUGUCCUUUUCGCAAGGUACUCCAAUCACGGUUCUGGGAGCUGCAAACACUGUCAUCGCUGGCCUCCUUGCAUUUUUGCAGAACAGUGGAUUGCCUGAUCGAUAUCGGUACGACAAAUCCGAGUUCGAAGCACUCGAAGACCACAUCAAGGAAAUCCUCGACUCUGGUAUUGCUCCAGCGGACCAAACUGCUGACCAGAUUCUCGCGGAGUGCUUCGAUUUGUACCAGGACGCCAAGGCAACGGUGUCUGCCAAUUUACCGGCCAACUACAUGCAACCUCGAAAUGCCCAGCAAGCAGACCAAAGAUCCGGAGGUCUGAUCCAAACGAGCCCUCCGCCUUCCGUGGCGAAGCAACUCGCCGAUACUGACACUUCACCCGGUGGAAAAUAA